AUGGGAAGUUUGUUUCAUGUGUCGCCACGAAAGGAUACCCCUGUCAAAUCGUCUAUCGAGGAGACAUGUAUUCCUAAUGUCAAUGCAAAUGUAUCUAAUACGGAUGUAAACAUCGAUUCUGGGAUGCAUAUUGUCGUGGCAACAACAACAGAAACAACAACAGUCGAAACUUCAAUUGUUACCAUAACCAUCAAAACAACUAUUAUUCCUCCACCACAACCAACUUCUCCACCACCUACAUCAGUUACUCCACCUUCAUCUACUAUAGCAUUUUCUCCAUAUUUUUCUGGUGUAAUAUUCAGGAUGGAGAAUUUUCAUGUUGGUGGUUCAUGUCUGAGUGAGGGGGAUGUCUUUGACAUCAUAGCUAUGGAUAUUUCAAGGUUCGUGAGAGAGGAUUUGCCUGGAUUGAUCAGCAUUGUCAAGGAAGAGUUGAACGCAGUGGUGGAUGAGCAGCUUAGGAUUUUGCGGGCCGAGCAUGAGGAUGGUGGGCCAUGGGGUCGCGAAGUCACCUUUUAG